AUGGCGCUUAAGAUUUUCGUUGUCGCUUGCUUUGUGGCUGUUACUUCCGCUCAGUACGGAGGCUACGCUCCUAAGUACGCUGAGCCCGAGCCCUACGACCCCAACCCCCAGUACUCCUUCCACUACGCUGUCAAUGACCCCAGCACAUACGACAUCAAGAGCCAGAAGGAGGAGCGUAACGGAGACUACGUGACCGGCUCCUACGAGCUGUACGAGCCUGACGGUACCAAGCGUACCGUGGAGUACUACGACCAGGGAUACGGCUUCCAGGCUGUCGUUCACAAAGAGCCUGCAAAGGGAGGUUACGCCGCUCCCGCCUACUCCGCCCCUGCAUACUCAAGACCUUCAUACGCAGGGCCAAGCUACAGUAGAAGAUAUUAAGUAACUCUUAUU